CAACUUGGAUGUACGUUAGAUUUUACCGAUGGAUUUCUAUAACCAUUCCAAUUUUUCUCUCGGAGACAACAACAGUUCAACAACAACCGCUGUAGACGGGACCCUUCAUUGCAGUGCCAUCCUCCCUGUCAUUUUUGGCAUCAUCUGUUUUCUGGGUAUUAUGGGGAACUGUAUUGUCAUGUACACCAUCAUGAAGAAGACCAAGUGCCGUGCAAAACAAACUGUUCCGGACAUCUUUAUCUUAAACGUGUCAAUUGUUGAUCUCCUGUUUCUCCUUGGGAUGCCGUUCCUCAUCCACCAGUUGCUGGGCAAUGGUACGUGGCACUUUGGAGCCACAAUGUGUACAGUCAUCACUGCGCUUGACUCCAAUAGCCAGAUUGUUAGCACUUACAUCCUCACUGCAAUGACCAUCGACCGUUACUUGGCUACGGUCCAUCCCAUCCGCUUCAACUAUGUCCGCACACCCUGUGUGGCAGCGCUGGUCAUUGGCCUGAUGUGGGGUCUGUCCUUACUCACCAUCAUCCCUGUGUGGAUGUAUGCAGGUCUGAUGCCUCUUCCAGAUGGCAUGGUGGCCUGUGCGCUCCUCCUGCCUGAUCCAGUCACUGACACAUACUGGUUUACACUUUACCAGUUCUUCUUGGCCUUUGCUAUACCCUUAGUUAUAAUCUGCCUGGUGUUCUUCAAGAUCCUGCAACACAUGGCCACCAGCGUGGCACCGCUGCCUCCACGGAGUUUGAGGGUGCGCACCAGGAAGGUGACCCGGAUGGCAGUGGCCAUCUGCCUGGCUUUCUUCAUUUGCUGGGCUCCUUACUACAUCCUCCAGCUUGUCCACCUGGGGGUGCAGAAGCCAAGCCUCGCUUUCUCCUAUGCGUACAACAUAGCCAUCAGCAUGGGCUAUGCUAACAGUUGCAUCAACCCAUUCCUCUAUAUUAUCCUCAGCGAGACCUUCAAGAGGCAGUUUCUCAGGGCUGUACACCCGGGUAAUAGAAAGUUUUGUGUGAACCCAAGCACAACUGAUGGUGGCAGUGUGAGUGUGAGAAUGGUACAUGAUGGAGCUCAGCAGGAGCCAGCCACUGGGGAGAUGAUACCAUCCAGUGUGGCCCCGCAAUGA